AUGCGUCAUGGCAACAGCAGCUCGUCCUGGACGUGCAGUGGGAGGGCUUGGACCCUCAUGCUGCUGGGCGUGACUCUGCUGCGGGCCGUCGCACAGGCAGAAAAUGGUGCCGCACCCGGUCAGCGUGAGCCCCGAGGCCUCGGCGCCGACCACAACUUCACGGAGUUGCUCGUCAUCAGCAGCCGCCUGCUGGCACCCUCCGCCGCGCCGCCCACCCCAGAGCCCAUUCUGGUCGUCCAGCCACCCGCGCCCGAGGGGCCCCCACGGCGCAGCCAGAGCCGCCCGCCGCCGGCCUGCUGCGCGCCCGCCGGGGCGGACGAUUUCUCUUUCGAGGCCAGCGCCGCGCUGGCGGCUGCGCAAAGAGGCGGGUCGCGCCUCAACCCCAUGGAGGCCGCGUUUGUGGGCAUCGGGCCGUCACCAGUGCCAGCAAACUUCAAGCCCAUGAUCGUGGAGAGCCCCGAGGAGAUCUCACAGGGCAGCAACCCCGCCCUGCCACCCCCGCCGAUGCCCCAGGCGCCACCACCGCCUCCAGCGUCGCAACCCCGCACCGGCGGCCCCACGCGGCGGCGCCUGCUGCAGGCCGCGCCUGGGGCGGCCAGCGACACGAGCGGCCAGCAGCCGCGCAGCAGCAACGGCGACGGCGCGGGGUCGCCCAAGAAGCCGUCGCCGCUGCCGCCAUCUCCCAAGCCGGCGCUGUCAGCAGAGGACCUGGCCCGCAUCCGCAUCCUGGGGCCACCAAUUGCGGCGACGCCACAGCCCAACAUCACCGCUGCCGAGCCGGCUGGCCUGAACGCCACUACGGAGCCGUUUGUGGCGAACACGUCUCUUGAGGCGCCCCUCCUCCGGCCGCCGGUGCCCACGGGCAACCCCGUGAAACCAGGGGACCUGCCGCAAGACGUCGCUAUGGCGACGGCCGUCGAAGCCGGCGGCACUGGCAGCGAGGGCAUGGGGCCCGUGCCGGUGCCGUCACCCGUGCAGGCUGCUGCCAGCGGGCUGAUUGUUGCCUCGCCUGAGGUGCGGCGCGACUCAUCAAGGGUGGAAAAGGGGUGA